UUGCAGAGGGUUGGACUAGAGGACCUUUGGUGUGCCAUCCUUCCAACCCGACGCUCUAGGAUUCUGUGUUCCAGUCUGGUACCCAGACAACGAGAGCUGAUAUCCCCACCGGGCAAAAAAGGCAAUUGAUGAUUUGCAUGCUGAGAUGGAAGCAACACUGCAGGGUGGGGACAGGUGUGUGUGUAUGCACGCACCCAGUGUUUUCUUAACCAGAGCAGCAGCUGCAUCUGAACAGCACAGCUCAGAGUAGCACCGUCCAACAGUUGGGCUUUCCCUUGCCUCCGCCCCAGCUGUGAUUUCCAGAAGGGGAUGCUGUGCUGCCACUGCUGAGAGAGACAGCUGGUACCCACCCCGCUCGUUUAAGGCUGCAUCGUCAGAUCCUGGCAAGCAUCUUUCUACAACAGCAGAAGCAGGGAAAGGCUGCGAGAGACAGGUGGAUGCAUGCAGGAGGCAGCGGGGAGCAGCUCUUCGCCAGUGGCAGCAGGGAGAAGUGGGGAGCUUCACCCUGCUGGCAAGGAGCCACUGAGAUCACCUCAGGUGACCAUGCUUAACGGGGAGACAAGUUCCUCUUCAGCCAGGAAUGUGGUCCGGAGCUCCAGCAUCAGUGGAGAGAUGUACAACAUUGAGAAGAGUAAUGCAGGCAACCCGGAUUCAGCUAGCCUCUCAUCCAAUAAGAAGCGGCGAUCCAGCCUGGGGGCCAAGAUGGUGGCUAUCGUGGGGCUGUCCCAAUGGAGCAAGAGUACGAUGCAGCUCAACCAUCCUGAUGGUGGGCCAAAAAAGCUUCGUAGUAACAUCCGCAGGAGUACGGAGACUGGCAUUGCUGUGGAGAUGAGGAACAGGGUCACUCGGCAAGGCAGUCGGGAGUCAACUGAUGGAAGCACCAAUAGUAACAGCUCCGAUGGCACGUUUAUUUUCCCCACAACCAGGCUGGGAGCUGAAAGCCAGUUCAGCGACUUCCUAGAUGGGCUGGGGCCAGCACAAAUUGUAGGACGGCAGACACUUGCUACUCCGCCAAUGGGUGAUGUCCACAUUGGAAUGAUUGACAGGAAUGGACAGCUGGAGGUAGAAGUAAUAGAGGCCCGGGGACUCAGUCCAAAGCUAGGAUCCAAGUCCAUUCCCGCCACCUACAUCAAGGUUUAUCUGCUAGAAAAUGGCGCUUGCUUGGCCAAGAAGAAAACAAAGACUGCCAAAAAGACCUGUGACCCGCUCUACCAGCAGGCCCUACUCUUUGACGAGGGCCCUCAGGGAAAAGUGCUACAGGUGAUUGUUUGGGGAGAUUAUGGGCGCAUGGACCAUAAGUGCUUCAUGGGAAUGGCCCAGAUCGUUCUAGAAGAGCUGGACCUGUCCAGUGUGGUGACCGGUUGGUACAAGCUCUUUCCCACCUCCUCGCUGGCGGACUCCACCAUUGGACCCCUUACGCGACGUCUCUCCCAGUCCUCUCUAGAGAGUUCAAUAAGUCCGUCUUGCCCUUAAGGAUGGACUGGGAGGAAAGAAGGAAAGCAAAGGAGGAGACACCCUGAUCUGCCACAAAUUUGGUAGCAUGGUUUGUAAAUAUCCCAUGUCUUUCCCUCCCAUCACCUUUCCUUCUACUUCUUCACAGAGGGAAGACUGCUACCAACGAUUUUAGGCGUUCCCUCACUCACCCUGCAGGUAUGCGAUUAUAGGAAGAGAUAAUUCCAGAAUGUGGUGGGGGAGGAAUUAAAAGGAGAUGGGGGUGGGAGGAAAGGAACAUGUGAUAAAAGGCAAGUCAUGUGACUGGCUCCCCAUUUUCAAGACUGUUGCAUCACUUUCAAACAAAUUGCCUUUGAAAAGGAGUCACCCAUUUCUCACAUCUCUAAUGCAUUUUGGGGGACACAUCUCCAACCUGACUCAGUUAAUCCCAUUGCAAGUAGCAUGUUAAUUGAAUAUGUUUCUUUCCUGCUCCAUAUUGUUUCAUUUCCAUAUCUCUGAAGGAGAAAGUAGAGCUUUUCUCAUUUUUGUUUAGAAAAAAAGAAAGACUGACUGAAAUCAAGCACUAUUCAGCUUUUUAAAAAGGAAUGUAGCAUCUUCAGACAUUAUGUAGCCUGCCAUGUGCUCACAAAUCUCUCUGCAAUAUAUGGGUAGACAGUUUUGCUCCUGAAUUUCUGGGUGCAAGCCUUGGAAAUGUUGAGCAAGCAAUCAGAGUUUUGUUUGUCUUGCAUAUAAAUGGUGGGAAGACAGGUGAUUCUGCCAAAGUUGUGAAGUGGGGGGGGGGGAGCUAUAAAUGGUGCAUUUGACAUGACUGUUAAGUUUAAAGCAUAUUAAGGUUCCUGUUUUUGCUUUCUCAUCUUAUGAACAAUUUAAUUUGUUUCUCCUACUCCAACCAAGGCAUUAGCCUUUGGGCAUAAUCCAAUCUCUCAUCCAAGCCCCACUGGAAUUGUGAGGCUUGUGCAAGAGCCCAAUAGCUCUGCAUUGCUUCAGCUGAGAGAUGCACACAAGAUAAUGCCAGAGAUUGGUGUCCUUUGCAGUUUCAUCUUUGUAUGGUCUUUGCCUUUGCCUUUGCAUCUGGGUCCAGUUUGCAACCCAAGAGGCAGGAUGUCAAACUGCUGGCAUUCAAAUAGAAGGUGAAGCUUUCACUGGACAAGGUAGAAUAUGCCUCUUUGAAACCCUAUUGGUGGGCAUAUCUGAAUAGCACAUUGUGGUUUUCUCAUAAGGGUGAAUGUGGUUCUGUCAAUCUACUGUUUUGAAUUUAAAACGUUCUGGCUGCAAUCAUAAAUGCACUUACUAGGGAGUAAGUCCCCACUGAAUUCCCAGUGGGGUUUUACACCUGUGUAAACCUGCAUAGGACUGGGUUAUUAGUUGUGUAUUCAUGUGUUUUUAAGUAGCAAUCUGGCACCCAAAGCAAGGGCCAGUUCCUGUAGCAAAACUGAGAAUUACAGCUUUUAAUGAAGGUGCCUACUAAAAUUUGAUGAAAUUACUCAGGGGAGAUACUACUGGAAAUCAUUAUUUCUUCUUCAUUAUUCCUAUGUUUUUUAAGUUUCACACUGACCGUAGUGUAGGAGAUCUAAAACAGAAGGAUCCCUUGUCACUGCAGAAGCAAACAAGAAGUUUUUGGACAAUUUCUGCUUGCCAAGUAGCUUUGGGUGUUUCAUAUUCAAUCCAACAGUGCUCAAAUUGAGAUUUUUAAAGAAAUUAUUAUUAGUGGUAAGGAGCACAUUUCACCAAGAAAUUUCAUAAUAUAAUGCACAAGAUAAGAUAUGGGUUCUUCUGUUGCUCUAGCCAAGCAUGAAACAACCAAGUUCUUAAGAAGAGUUAGAUUCAGAGAGAUAAGAAAACAGCAAAGAAUCAUUUCCACCAUUGAAAUGAAGUGGAUGGCAACCUUUUGCUGAUGAUGAUCUGAAGGGAUCCUGUCUCUGCCCUCACAAGGCACAAAGAUCUGCACAGUAACCCUCUUUCAGCAACUUUAAACCUUUCUGAUCUUUUGGAUUUGUAAUUUAUGUGCUUUCAUGUUUAAGGCAUCAGAUUUACAAUUUCAGCAAACCUGCAGCCUUCAGAGAGUUGAUGAAAUUCCAUUGGUCUGGGUGUUCUCCUUGGCCAUUUCAUGCCUUUGUUCCAGUAUUUUGUCCAUUGUGGCUCCCCUCAAACCCCUACCCCAGCCCCAGAAUAAGCAAUAUGUUGGUUUGCACCCAAGGUGCUCGUUCUCUGGUUAAUGUUAGAAUGUCUUCAGCGGGGGUGGGGAACUGAUGCUCACUGAUGUGUUAGUCAAGUCAUCUGUAUUGAUUGCUUUUUGCUAUCCUCCUGCUGUACCUGCAGGUGUGGGCACUGCAGAAGAUAUAGCAAAGCAUGAACUACUUUAAGUUAUUUUGUCCAUCAGCAUUUAUGACAACCAAUGCAUCCAACUUUGCUCUUGCAGAAAAGUGAACAGAUCUGUUUGGAGGUGGAAAAAACGACUAAAUCACCACUUAGGUCAUGACAUGAAAGUUAUUCAAUUGGCUGUCCAAGCCACCUACUUUCUUGUGCCAAUAGUAGAACUGUGCAACCAAAUAGACCUAUUUCUUGAAACCAAAAGAGGGCCAUAACGAGAUUUGCUGCCAAAGGCAUCACUGAGCCCACUGUUUGUUUGUGAGCAAAGUAGGAAAGACCAUUGAGAUAGUGGACUAGUUGACUAGUUCCGCAAGUUACACCAGCUGGAAGAAUAUUCAUGAAGCACCUAAUGCCUCUGGGCCAGAAUAGGAAGGAACUCUCUUGUAAUACAUGGCUUAAGUUUUCAUAAUGGCACUCAUGCUCUGGAAAAACAAGAAUAAGAGAGCAUCACUUCUAAACACAUUUCACCAGAUAUUUCUUCAGAUGAAACUGGAACAUUGUUGCCAGGCUGAAAGCACCAGGCAGCAGACAGAAAGCGGGUCAACGAUUCUCCAUUCCUCUUGCAUCCACAUGGUGAAGUCAUGACAAAUCAGUUUCCAAGAUGGACACAGUAUUCUUGAGCCAGUGCUGAUAGGCAUGAAAAACCUGACCUGCUUCACAUUGCAGUCAGCCACACAUUAGUGCAAUCAUUGGACUGCUAUGCUGUACAUUAACUCAACCCACAAUUACUGCACCAAACAUCAAGGUUGGUCUCUGUGGGAGAUGUUUCAAGAAGGGUAUGAAGACAAGUCACAGGUGCAAACUGGGGCAUAGAACCACUCAGUCCACAUGUCAGCAUAUGGGCUUAGGCUUUAUCAGUUGGCCCAUAACAAACUGUGGCGGUGGAAUAUCUUCUUUGCUUUUCUUACCAUGAAGAACCCCGACCCACAUUUGUUCAGCAAUGUGUGAAUUAAGAUUAGCUCUAUAUUUUAAUGUCUGCUUCCAAACAUAAGUGCACUGGCCGGCAUCCAAAGAAAAAAGCAAUUAGUUUCAUGCAUGCAUUCAAAGACCUUAAAAAAACACACAACACAUUUAAAACUUUUUUCUAAUGGCUCAUCUUUGUAGGCAAGGGGUUGCAUCCAUGGACAGAAGAUAUAAAGGUUCAAGUGGUAUUUGAAAAAUACAUUCCAGAUUCUCUUGCACUAAACAAUUUUCUAGGGGACACACAACCCAUUCUGGUGGCAGUAAUACUGUAGGAACGAAAGCUGAUGCAAACUAAGGGCGAUGGGUUCAUAGGAGCUCCUUUCAUCGGAAACCAAGCUACCAAGAAGCAGCUACCCUGCAUUCCCAAUCUUACUCCACUAAUAAAUGGGACUUUGAGCAGUUUCCCCAGCACAUCCUGAAGGACAGUUGGGUUGUAGGGUGAAAGUAUAGCUGAUGAAUGAAUAAUCUGGUAUUUAUUUGCCCCAUACAUUAAUCCAGGUUACAGGAAAUGCAUGAAGGUGGAAGUAAAAUUGGGAUCUAUGGUGAAAACAAAGCCGGAGGGGGGCAACUCAAUUGAAAUAUUUCCUCUGGGAGUAGAAAUGGUGAACAGCAACAGUCUUGGCCUUGUGCUGUUAAUUAAUAGUGCAAGACUAGCUGCUCCAGUUAACUGCUAGUUAUUGGUUGUAUACCUCAUUAUUUUAAUUACUAAUAUGUUGUGACUUGUUUCAAGUGUUUGUCUGUCUGAUAAAGGAAACUGUGGGUGUUGAGAAACAGCUGUGAGAAGCCUCCAUUAGCACAUCUCUUCCCCCGUUUGCUUUGCCCGU